AUGUUGGCGGGGGAAUCUGGGUUGGGGAAGACGACGUUCGUCAACACGCUUUUCCAGACGAGCUUAAAGAACCACCAGGAGCUGCGCAAUAGAUACAACAAGCCGAUCAAGAAGACUGUGGAGAUCGACAUCAUCCGUGCGGAGCUCGAGGAGAAGAACUUCAAGCUGAACCUGAACAUCAUCGACACGCCGGGCUUUGGCGAUAACAUAGACAACAAGAACUCGUGGGCGCCGAUUGUCGACUUCAUUGACGACCAGCACCAUUCGUUCAUGAAGCAGGAGACGCAGCCAAGCCGUGGCGGUGUCAAGGACUUGCGUGUGCAUGCGUGCCUUUACUUCAUAAGACCGACCGGGCACACCUUGAAGCCGUUGGACAUCGAGAUCAUGAAGCAGUUGGGUAUGAGGGUGAACCUGAUCCCGGUUAUCUCCAAGGCGGACACCUUGACGCCUAACGAGAUGCUGGAGUUCAAGAAGAGAAUCAGAGACAUCAUCGAAGUCCAGGACAUCCGGAUCUACUCGCCACCGAUGGAGCUGGACGACCAGGCUGCCUCGGAACACGCCAAGCAGUUGAUCGAGUCGAUGCCUUUUUCGAUCAUCGGGUCUGAGGAGGAGUUCGAAGUCAACAACCAGCUGGUCAUCGGUAGGAAAUACCCAUGGGGUUUUGUCGAGGUCGAGAAUGACCAGCACUGUGACUUCAGAAAGCUGAGAAGUUUGCUUUUGAGGACGAACAUGUUGGACUUGAUUCUCUCGACCAACGAGAUCCACUACGAAACAUUCAGAGCGAAGAUGAUGAACAACGACAGCGAUAACUACGAAAACAGGAAGGGCGCCGACAAGGUGUCCCACAAGGACACGAACAACCCGCAGUUCAUCGAGGAGGAGAAGAAGCUGAAGAGAUACUUUGCCGAGCAGUUGAGAAACGAAGACCAGCGCUUCAAGCAGUGGAAGCAAAACAUUUACACCGAGAAGAACAGAUUGAACCACGAUUUGGCGCAGUUGCAAGCCCAGAUGAAGAAGCUGGAGGAAGAGGUGAGAGUGUUGCAGGAGAAGAAGGUUAAAUCUGCGCCUUAG